AUGUUGUUCCGUGCUAAAGAAAAAAUGAUUCGACCAAUCAGAAGAUUAGAACAUCUAGUUCUAGAGAAAAGUUCAGAAACAGAAAGUUCCCCUGACUGCAGUACCCCGGCGAUAUUCGAAGAAGGAGUAGCUAGAAUUUCGUAUCGAGGGGAUGGAACAACAGGAACUUCGGGAAACAUUCUUCGACAUGACCAUCGACAUUCGCACAUCGUUGAACCGGUUAAGGGUGACGAGGAAUGCAAGGACCGAGGAGAGACGCCGAAGAGUCUUGAAAAGAAAACGUGUAAACUGCCCAAGCUUUCAGCAUGGAACAACUUGAUUGUUGCCGCUCUGGAUGAAGAAGAAUCUAAAGAGAAAGUGGAAAGAUACCUGAAUGUAAUGCUGCAUUUUUCUGACUAUCGGAAUCAUAAAGAAACGCGCGAAUUUCUGGAAGUGAGCAAAAUAUCUUUUGUUGCAAAUUUGGGGCCUAAAGAGAAAGAAGGCAUCGUCAAGAAGCGACCAGGAGGAAGGCGGUCAUAUCACGGGAUAAUGCGUUGUUGCAUUGAAUACUUUGCUGCAUGGACUCAUAGGUACAUUCUAGCAAGUGAUCUUUUCUGCGUUUAACC